AUGGAGAAACAUCAAGUGUUGUCCACUAUAUACUCAUCCUCCUCAUCAUCAUCAUCUGCUUCUGCUUCUGAUUUUAACUCUGAUGUUCAUGGUGUGAAGAAAGGUGGUGGUGGUGGUGUUUUAAGAACUGAAAAUGGAAGCGAGAAAGGUGGGAAAGAAAUAAAGCGGCGGAGAUAUGCAUUUGAAACAAGGAGUGAGGUUGAUAUACUGGACGAUGGAUACCGGUGGAGAAAGUACGGGGAAAAGUCCGUCAAAAACAAUAAAUUUCCAAGAAGUUAUUACAGAUGUUCUUAUCGAGGUUGCAAUGUGAAAAAACAAAUCCAACGGCAUGCAAAAGACGAAGAGAUAGUGGUAACAACGUAUGAAGGGUUACAUUCUCAUCCUGUGGAGAACUCAACAACCGAAAGUUUCGAGCAGAUAUUGUUGAGAAACCAUCACAUAUACACCCUCACUCUAUGA